AUGUCGUCAACCACACAACAGACCCCGGCAUACACUUGCAAUACCUGCCUCUUUGUACAACAUGAAGCGCCGUGUUGCCGCAUUGCCCCCGUCUCCCUCGAAACCUUCAACGAAAAGGUUCUUGCCGCCCAAGCCACGUCCACUGAGGCCGCCGCCAAGGCUUCAUUCGAGAAGACUUGCGACCCCUGCCAGAAGUCUUUCUACAGCGAGAACUCCUACCAGAACCACAUCAAAAGCUCAAAGCACAAGCAGCGCGAGGCCCGCCUGCGUAAAGACGGCGACGAUGCAUCCGUUAUGAGUUCCGCUUUCUCUUUGGGAGAACCCAUCAACAAGACCGAGGAUCACGAUGUUCACAAGGUCACCGACGAGAUGAAGUCCGCCACUAUCCAAGAAGAUAACGAGGAUGAAGAGAUGCCCACCGAACAGUCUGAGUUCUCGUCUUUGCGCUGUCUCUUCUGCCGCACCGAAUCCGCCGACACCCAGGCCAAUAUCGAUCACAUGUACAAGAACCACGGCAUGUUCGUGCCCGAGCGCGAGUAUCUGGUCAACUUGGAGGGUCUGGUGCAUUAUCUCUAUCGCAAAAUCAACGAGAACUUCGAGUGUAUCUACUGCCAUGCUAUCCGCAACAACGCCGACGGUGCCAGGACUCACAUGCGCGACAAGGGUCACUGCAUGAUCGCCUUCGAGUCCGAGGAGGAGCAGGUCGAGAUCGGCCAAUACUACGAUUUCCGCAGCAGUUACUCCGAUCACGAGGACGAGGACGAGACUAUGGCCGAGGGUGGUGUCAAGAUUCGCUCGGAUGGCGAUGAUGAGGGCUGGGAAACCGACGCCUCAUCCGUGGACGAUGAUGAUGAAGAGAUUGAUUCUCACCGCAAGGCACCUGUCGCCUGGUCCGACGAAUAUGAACUUCACCUUCCCUCUGGCAAGAGUGUCGGUCACCGUUCGCUGGCUAAGUACUACCGUCAAAACCUGCACAGCUACCCAACUGCCGAAGAACGACUUGAGCGACAGCUGGCCAUCGAGAACGGAGAGAUUGAAGAGGACGAGAGCGACAAGCCCCGCGGUCGCAACCAGAACCGCGCUCUCAUCUCUCGUGCCAACGGUGGCACGGGUAUGGUCGGCGCAACUGAAGUCCAGAAAGAGGCUGCUCUGACCGCCGAGCGCCGCGAGCGAACCCGCACCCAACGCCAGGAGAACCGCAUGCUGGCUCGCGUCCAGAAGGCCGGCAACAGCCAAAAGCAUUUCCGCGACCCUCUCCUGCAGUGA